UAUUUUUAACAUUGGCAGUGUUUCACAAAACAUCCACAUUUUGAUUUUCGUACCCUAUGGCAACAUCAUCAAAUUGACAUUUCGCCAUAUUAGUUUCAAGUUCCACUUCGUUCCGACAGCGUUUCUCUCUUUCUUCUACGGCUGUUCGCCAUCCAAGAUGACGAAAGGUACAUCAAGCUUUGGUAAACGCCAUAAUAAGACGCACACUUUGUGCCGUCGCUGCGGACGUUCAUCCUACCAUAUCCAAAAGUCAACAUGCUCCCAAUGUGGAUAUCCCGCUGCUAAGUUGCGUUCAUACAACUGGUCAGUGAAGGCUAAGAGGAGGAAGACCACUGGUACUGGUCGCGUGCGUUACUUGAAAGUGGUCAGACGUCGUUUCCGCAACGGUUUCCGUGAGGGUACCCAAGCUAAACCCAAGAAGGCCACCCAGGCCAAAUAAGUGACUUAACAUGUACCAACGCUUAUUAGCCGGUUUUUGUGUGUCUACUGUCUAGGGUUGAUUUCUUUUUUUAAGGAAUUGUUUAAACUAAAAAGGAGAUAAAUAAAAUAUUCUGUUUUUUUGUAAAACAA